CUAAGACAAAAUUUAGAAAAAAAAUUGAAUAUAAAAGAAGCAGUUGAUUACAUUGGAGAAGCAUGGGAUGCUGUUAAACAAAGAACAAUUCCAAAUAUUGGGAAUAAUUUGGAUGUUUUGGAAUUUAUUAACAAUAAUGAAUCGACUUUAACAGAAGAGAUUUUAAAUGAAGAUGAAAUAAUUGAGAUGAUCUUAAAUGAAGUAAAUGAAGUAAAUGAUGAAUCAGGUGAGGAUACUGAUGAACCAGAAGCUAUUGUAUGCAACAAUGAUGCCUUGGGGGCAAUCAAUAAAUUACUCAUUUAUAUUGAACAGCAAAAUGAUUCAGAAUUUGAUGAAAAUGAUUAUAAAAAUUUAAAAAAAUAUAAACAAAAGAUUGAAAGAAGGAUUUUUUUUUCAAAAACACAAAAAAAACUGGAAUGGUUUUUUAAUUAG